CGAGGAUCGGUUUGGUAGGUUGGGUCUCCCAAUGCUCCUGGCCUGGGUUCGCUUGUGUGUGAUUGGAGCAGAAGCCUGGGCUUCGAUCAGGUCCAAUCGAGCUGAGCGAGGUUUUGUGAUUUGGGCAGGUGGUGGUGGUGGGCGACGAGAUGCGGUCAGCUGAGGGGAGGCGAAAGGCGCUGCCCGUCGCGAAGGAAGCUCUAGUCGCUGGGGAAGAAGCACAGGUUCCGACCUCGGCUCUCGACUGUUCGUCAGGGGACAGGUUGAGCCCGUACUUUGACGAUUUCGCGCUGCUGGCUAAGGCUGCAGGUUGUACCGAAGCAUAGGAUAAAUAGCAAAGACGCAGCAACUUUGGGAACAAAUGAAGAGGGAGCAAGAACAGAAAGCCAAAAAAACAAAAACAAAAAAAAAGAGUUGCAAACACGACCCCUUAAGCUUGUGGAGUGAGCUGGGUGGGCGCGCCGCCUGCGGGAGUUACACCUUCGAUUGAGGAAG